AUGGACGUCAUCGCUAUCGUCGUCAAAAUGCAAAAAGCUGCCAUCAAAUUUGAGGAAGAGACUGGUAAUCACGGAGCCGUUGCCAUUAUCGAUACCGAUUUUGCCUCUGAUAUCCUCUCAUGUGGUGAAUCCGACUUGUCAGAUGAUUCCAAGAUGCGCCGACAGGAGGCGGAAGUGGGAAAGACUGCCAACAGGGUCGUUGGAUUUCAAUGGCGAAGUGUCGAUGACUCGAGCUCAGAGGUUGCGAAGGACGUAGCUGUGGACCCACCUACCGUUCAAGAUGAUCAAAUGUCAGCGGCAGCAGAUAACGUUGCUGAAUCCAGGACCGAACGUCCCUCCAAGCGCCGAAAAACAGUCACGCGUGCUCUAACGCGCCCUGAAAAGAUGCACAAGAAAGUUUGGGAUGUUGCGCCGGACAAGCUGAGUGACCGCAAGCCAGCUUCGGGUAAGAAUUCGGCACCGUUCGCGAACAUGGUCAGCAACGAGUGGAAAGAAGAGCAUCAUGAUAUGAAGGUCCUGGAGGGAGUACCGUGGUUGAAAGGGUUUUAUGAGCAAUUAAAAGACUCGGAUGACAUUCUUGAGGAGGAUCGUACCUAUCUGCAGGAACUCGAUGAGUGGCACCUGUAG